GUACACAAACAGAGCAACCCACUAAGGCAGACUCAGCACAGCCAGGAAGACUGUGAUAUUUCAGCUCAGUUCCCGUUUGUAAACACCUCCUAGACCUGAAGAGCCCAUUUAAUAAGAUCAAUACCAAAGAAAGCUACAAUGUUGACCUUAGCCAGGAUUCUGUUGAUUUCAACAUUGUUUAGUUCACUACUAUUUGGGAGCCAUGGGAAAGAAAAUCCAGAAAUAAACACAACACAAAGCAUUUCAGAAGGUUUGAAAACAAUGGGAAAUAAACCUACUUCUUUGGAGAGUGAAGCAAAUUUAAAUUCAAAUAAUAAUGAAAAUAGAAACACCUCGAAUCCCAACACAAGUCAUCCCCCACGUUCGGAUCUCUUGAACAAAGUCCAUGGAAUGACAGAUUUCUCCGGUAACUUGUCAACAGAGAACUCUACUGGGAGUCCAAGACCCACAUCCAUGUUUUCCACAACCCCUCCCUUGAUUCAUAGCUUUGUUUCUAAAUUGCCUCACAACUCAUCUAUAGUAGAUAAAAAUCCUUUGUCGGUCUCAGCACAUCCCAACGCUACACCUGCUGUAUCUUCAGAAAAGUUCACUUGGUCUUUGGCCAGUGAUAACACUAAAACUCCUGACAACAGUUCCAGUACAGCUGGCAUCCUCCAUUCAGAAACAACUACCAAGUCUGCGACCCCCUUGAUAACAGAACAAACUGGAUUGCAUACCACAAAUGAUGGAGGCUUCACAGGGUUUACCCCCUAUCCAGAAAACACAACUGUACAGCCCACCUUAAAAUUCACCAAUAAUUCCAAACUCUUCCCAAAUACGUCAGAUCCCCAAAAAGAGAAUAGAAAUACAGGAGUCGUAUUUGGGGCCAUUUUAGGUGCUAUUUUGGGUGCUUCAUUGCUUACACUUGUUGGCUACUUGUUGUGUGGAAAAAGGAAAACGGAUUCAUUUUCCCAUCGGCGACUUUAUGAUGACAGAAAUGAACCAGUUCUGCGAUUAGACAAUGCACCAGAACCUUAUGAUGUGAGUUUUGAAAAUUCUAGCUACUACAACCCAACUGGGAAUGAUUCAUCCAUGCCAGAAGGCCAAGAAAAUGCACGUGAUAGCAUUCCAAUGGGUGACAUACCUCCACUUCGUUCUUCCGUAUAAAACAAAGAGGAAAAGGGCUUCAGGCAGCAGCAAGUGUUCCUCUACAUUCUGGCCUUUUAACAAACUCAUCUCCCAAAAGGUUACACAAGAUCACUGUCAAGUGGAUUGUGCCAAGGAGAAUUUUAAAAGUGUGAGACUAGUAGCAGAAACACGGAGAGGAUAAAUCAUUGAAAAGGUUUCCUUUCUACAAUUUGUGGCUGUGCUGAAGCAUUUAUUAUAUAACCUUAAUUUGUAUUUUAGUUAAUUUUUUUCUUAGUAGGAAAUGUUUAUGGAAAUAGGUAAAACUUAAAGAUUACAUCAUGCCUGAUAAUUUAAUAAUAAAAAUCCUAUAAAAAUAACCCCAAGCUAUAUUUUAUUAUUUAUUUUUUGACAGAAACUAAAGGAGUUGACUCUUCACUCCUACACCUGCAGUCCUAGUGCCAUACAUCAAUAUUAACAUUUUCUUGAAGGAAAAUUGGAAAAGAUAUUUUUUUAAAAAAAGUCUUUGACUUAAAGCUAGAAAAAGGAUAUAACCCAGAGUUUCUGUUCCUGGGAAAUUAAGGCAACAGGAAUGAGAGACCUAUAUUCUAGUACAUUAUAAUUUUCUGGAUCAGCACAUACACGAUCAGCCCCUUGAGUUGCCAAGUUGACAAGGACUUUAUUCAACAGGGCCAUGGUAGGAAAGCUGACCCUAAUAAGGAUAGUAAUUGCUCUCUAAAAGUCUUUGAAGGUUGAGGAAUUCCAAUGUGUCUGAAUAUACUUUAGGCUUCAAUUAAUUGGGUGCCUUAAAAAUUCAAUGAGAAACAUGGUGAAAAAAGCCAAAAAAUAUAUCUGUAUAUCAUUUGUAUAGUUUUAAAUUGUUAAUAGAAACAGGAUUUAUUGUAUAUUAGAUAUUAUUGCUCAACAAUGCAUAAAACAGAUUCUGCAUCUCAAAAUAUAUAAAGCAUAAGGCUAAAAAAGUGAAUGGAAACAUUAAAAAUCUUCUGAGCAUCAUUUUCAUGAAUAAUAUUACAAGAAGCUUAAUCUGAAUUCUAAUACGUUUCAGUUUGGUUUUAAUUACCACCUGCCUUUCACAGGGAAAACAUGCUCCUUAGUGGAGGAAGGUCUACUCUUUAGGGCUUGGAGGGUGAGAUCAAGAGUUAAGUUACCACAGAAGCAGUGAAUGUAUAAGAGGGCAAGCAAAAUGAGUAUCAACCUAGAGACUUUAUUGUUGAAUUGAUACAUGGGGUUUGUGUGUGUAAAGAAACACAGCAAUAGCUUUAGAAAAUAAGGGCAAGAAAGUAAGUAAUGAAAGAACAUACUUACCCCAUAUUGCCAUAAAAAUAGCAAAGAAGACUGUCCCUCCAUUAUCAAACAAAUAUGUUACCUUAACAGAAAACAAACGAAAAUAUUAGUCAUACUACUGAUUAUAAUAAUCCAGUGAUCACUGUUUAUAUUUAGGUACUUUUGAUUUUUUUUCUAAAUGGAAACACAUUAUUUUAUAGUUUGUAAAUACAGUAUAUGAGAUCCUUUCAUGGGUCCUGCAACUAUUUUGUGUGAUUUUCUCAUGGAGAGAGGUGAAGAAACAUUUUUUCUCCUUUCUCUUCCCUUUGAUUCCCUUUUACUUCACCUUCAUGUCUGCUUAGAAAUGGUUCUACCAUCCUGUGGAAAUGUUAGUGUAGUCUAGGAGACAUAGCUGAGACCUGGAUGCAGGGGCUUGCAGAUUGGGUGCAGAUGUUGAAGUAAACAGCCCUCAAGCAGAAGCUAAGUGGGGUUGAUAACUGUAGGCACCAACCAGCUUCAACUGGCUUGUCAGCCAUCUCUGCCACUUUACAUGAACUUUGGCUAAUUAUAAUAUUAUUUACAUUGUGGUUUCAAAAUUUCUCUGCCUUUGAAAUCACCUUGACAGUUCCGAGACAACCAUAUAAAGUAUGAAAAUGGGAGGGGACCCAAUCCUAGGAAUUAUGACCCAAAUUCUUAGGAAAAGCCAAUACCUUAUCCUUGAAUAUUCCUCCCCUCCAUUAGCAGGACUUCAAAAGACCGGAAACCACCUCUUGGUGCAGCUGCUCUUUUUGAGCCUGCUCUCUUAUUCUCUCUCUCUCUCUCUCUCUCUCUCUCUCUCUCUCUCAUGUACUUUUGCUUUUGAUAAAAGAAGCUCUUGCUCUUGCUUGGCUUAUGUGGCAUGUCCUCAAAUUCUUUUCUCCUGAGGAUCACCAAGAGCCUGGAAAGACCUCCAUUUGGAGGCCACUAACAAAAGUUUUUGUGGGUCACACAUAGUCAAACUACAAUAUAAGUUAUAAGAAAUUAGCUUUUCAGGUGAGGUGUACUUAGUUGCACUUCCUGUUAGUAAAACUUCCAGGAGUGGGGAAGUUAGAAAAUGCAGAAUUUUGCCAGUGAGCCAGUACUUCCAAUGGGAAGGUGUCACAGUGCUAUCCUUACUCUGUUAUGUAUUUUAAAAUGUACUAGGGUCCACUAGUAGUUAUAAGAUAUAAUGAAUCCCAUCUUAUUUAAAAAGUUUCAUAAGUCAGUGGACAUAUAUAACACAGGCCAAGUGUUUUUUAAUCAGAUAGUGACUGAAGCUUGAUAAAGAACAAUGUAUAAUUUGUAUGAUGUUAUUGAAUACAAUUUUCAAGGCCACAAUGACUGUUUGAUUUUAAUAAAGUAUAAAUUCAAUUUA